AUGGAUACGAGCGAUUUCGAGGACAUGUUAUUUGGUGACUUUGACAAGCAAAUUACUCCUGACGACGCCCUGUCCGAAGACUCCGAUGAGGAGCUUCUUUUCACUACUUCUAGAGAAGAAGCCAUGCUGUGGGGUAUGUCGAACAGCUCAGACUCGACUCUUCGAGCUGCUGGUAGCGCCCUGCAUUCUCAGGAGGAACAUCAGUGCUACCGACCUGUGCUUAACGAAAGACCGAUACGCGACAGAUAUUGGGUGAUCGCUCGCAUUGAAGCAAUGCUGGAGACGAUUGUGGACGCCUUGCUAGAAGAGCAUGAAGCCCUCACCAUCACUCUGAAGUCGCGUGCAGCCCUAUCUCGCAGACGAACUACUACCGUAGGUGACGGCCAGGGUCUAGUUCCUAAACCGAAGGAACGCGAUAUCAACUUCCCAGGAGUCAAUGCACAAGAGGCAUGGAACUUCACCGUGCUGCUUCGCAUACUGGAGCUUAUCCAUUCUAGCCUCAUUACAAACACCAUCAUGACUAAGAGAGAUAUAUACUACCGACAUCCAGACCUCUUUGUCAAGCAAUCAGUCGUCGAUCGAUACAUCGAUGACUUGGCUUGUACCUUCGGCAUCCCUCGGUCCCAACUGAAUGUGACUGCUGCCGCAAAAAGCUUAUUAGCUGGCAACUUCAGACUAGUUCGGUAUGACGGUCAUCUUGUAGACGGUAUGAGCGAGAAAGAGGUUGGACAAUGCCCUCGAGCCCGUGAUACCUCUCUAACAACUCGCCAGGGUAUGCUCGUUCCCAAUGUCAGUGAAAACGACAAUGUAGAUCUUACAGAAGUGCAUUGGGUUCUCAUCAUUGAGAAGGAGGCGGCCUUCAGGUCCCUGAUGAGUUCACCACAGUGGCACACCUUGGGCUCGAACGGAAUCGUACUGACUGCAAAAGGGUACCCCGACGUUGCCUCACGAUCAUUUUUGAGUCAGAUAGCGGAUAGCGCCCCUCAUAUCCCUAUGUAUGCUCUUGUGGAUCUUGACCCUGAUGGCAUCGCCAUCCUAUCGACGUACAAGUAUGGCUCGUAUCGCCUUGCUCAUGAGAACGUUACACCCACUGAUACAACUGCGCCGGGUUUGCCAAACAUCCGCUGGCUUGGUGUAAAGAGUCACCACAUGAGCCGGACUCCGGUGGACGAAGAGUACACAGACACCAGUGCGAUGCCUCAACUCCAAGGUCUGAUGAGACUGACAGCACGCGACCGCACUAAAGCAGCACGAAUGCUGGAAUGGAACUUGAUCGGCGUUGACGGUCCCGAGCAAGGCUGGCGACGGGAGCUGCAGAUGAUGCUGAUGCUCAAUAUUAAAGCUGAGAUGCAGAUAUUGGACGAACUGGCUGGUGGGCUAGCGUCCUGGUUGAGCUACGAGCUUGGGCAGGCAGAGGAGCUGGUGUGCGCGCAGCCGAUGGACGAACACCCAGAUGAGAGGAUGCUGUUUUGA